ACUUUUUAUUAGCACCUGGGUUGGGGCACAGCAUAGUCCCUUCCAUACCCUGUAUGACAAAAAAUCUUCAUUCACAGUCUUCUUUGAGCCCCCUGCAAUAGCCCCAGACAGCUCUGCUAAUCCCCAAGGGAAGCCGGAGAGCUUGAGGCACAGGUCAGAGGGAUGGGAAGGGACACUACAUUUAGGACUGAUUGCUGAAGGGUUUGAACGGUUUUAAAACAUUGCUGUCUGCCUGUUACAUCCAGCUCUGGUGCCUUAGCUCCCACACCUCAAGAAAGUCUGAAACUUUGCUGUCUAGGUAAGAAAAAGAGGCACCAGACAGACAAGUUGAGACCUUUACCUAUGGACAGCUAUGGUGGAGGGCUAGCGUUGCCCUAAAAGAUGACUGAAUCUGUAGGGGAGCUAUGUAUAUAGCACAGUCAAGGGGCAUGUCUAGCACAUCCAGCUGUCUCCAGCAGCUGAAAACUCUUGUCUCUGCUCCUCAGCCCACUCUGUGCAGUUUUUAUUCCUGAAGCUGUCCAGGUGCUACUAUCCCAUUCACUUCAGUACCUGCCUUAAAACAGAUAGAUCCAUAUCCUACUGAUCCUUGUCUCCCAGGGCACACCUGGUUCGUAAGGAGUGGGACAGAGAAGCCUUGUGAUUAACAAGUCCUGAUCAGCAAAGGCUUAAGGUCCCUAAGAAACACUGGUAGAUGUAACCCUGCCACAAAUCCUGCCUGCGAUCUUCAAAAAUAACAGAAACAGCCAGCCCCUGCUGACUGCAUGGGGUUUGUUACUCACAUCCAACCAAUGUGACUACAAGCCUCAGCAUAGUCCCUUUACCCUUGACACUUCUGUUGGGCGCAAACAAUUUUAUGCCUCCCCAGGUCAUUUGAAUGUUCUCAGAGGAAUGCAGUCCUGGUCCCUGUGGCCGCUCUGAGCGUUGGAGGGAUGCUGGUUUACUGGCUGAGGUCUAGACACAAGAUCAAGACUAUUGAAAUGGGCAAUGGAUGGUGGGGCUCAGAUGAAAGACCUCUAAAAGGGAAAGAAGAUGAAAGUAUCUGUCCCUUCAAGAUUGAAACAUCUGACAAAGAACUUGAGAGAGAGACACAGAAGCCGGUGGAGCCAGAAGAGCCUGUUCAUGCCUGCCUUAGCAUAGGGCACAUGCAGGCAUCUGGCCAGCCUUGCAAGAGCUCCUGUCCGCAGGACCUGCAUCGCCGCCUGGAGCAGGCCCGCUACACACCGCAGCUGGAAGGGGCUGCCUUCCGCUACGGCUUCAACUCCAUCCACCUGCAGAAGGUGGUGGCCUUCUGGAGGAGCCAGUUUGACUGGCGCAAGCAAGUGGAAAUCCUGAACAAAUAUCCCCAUUUCCGAACCACCACUGAAGGGAUUGAUAUCCAUUUUAUCCACGUGAAGCCCUCCUAUGUCCCUCACGGUCGAGCUGUUCAACCUCUGCUGAUGGUCCACGGCUGGCCUGGCUCCUUCUACGAGUUCUACAAGACUAUCGCUCUACUCACAGAGCCAGCUGAGCAUGGCCUGAAUGAGGGUGACAUGGUGUUUGAGGUCAUCUGCCCAUCCAUCCCAGGAUAUGGCUUCUCUGAGGCACCACACCAGAAAGGCUUUGACAGCAAAGCAACUGCUCGGAAAUUUCAUAAGCUGAUGAAUAGAUUGGGCUCCAAAGAAUACUACCUACAGGGAGAAGACUGGGGAUCUCUUAUUACCACAAACAUGGCCCAGAUGCUGCCACAGUGAGUAGCAAAGGGAAUCAGUGCAGAGAAGGUUUCUCCAGUUCUUACCCUACCUUCUGGCUCCACGGUCCGGGUCCUGCCUUCUGUUUGCCCUGCCUCUCAUCGCCUUCU